UUGAUCUUGCAACUAUUUUCAAAUUGUAAUCAGGCAUUCAUUUACUCGUGGUGGUUCAAACCUGCUGACAUUGUGGUUAAAAUUUUGAAAAUGGAAAAUCAGGAGAGAACUUGAUGCAGCAGUCAGUUUCACUUUUGCGCGUCAGGGAUCCCUUGUAUAAAAGGAUGGGAGCUUCUAGGUUGACUCGAUUCGCAAUAGAUGAUGAAAGAAGGAUGAAGAUACUCAAGAUGGGUGGAGCUGAAGAGCUCUUAAAUAUGUUAAGCACGGCUAAGGAUGACCGCACACGAAAAGCAGCUUUGGAGGCUCUUGCUGCACUGUCACAAUCAGAUAAAGUUCUUGCAUCCCUGCACAAUGCUGGGGCCAUUUCAAUCAUUAGGUCUGCACCAAAUUCACUUGAGGAUGCAGAAGUUGAGAAAUUCAAGUUGAGCUUGUUGAAGAGGUUCCAGGAUCUGAGGGUUUCGUAUGAAGAAAUUGACGGAAUUUCGAACUGGAUGCAAAUAUUUUUGCUUGGUAGUUAAAGAAGUUGCAGACCAAGAAACUGAGAAAGGUCCUGGUGAAGUUACAUCAGAAAGUAUGCAACAUGGCCAUCACCAUUAACCCUCUCAAAUCUACAGCGCCGGACAACUGAGCGCCUCUGUUUCCUCUUUUAUUUGUAACCAAGCCAUUUCCCAGAUUAAUUACUCAUCCACAUAAUUAUCAUCAGUUCCAUAAGAACUGGAGGCUAUGCUUAAUACAGGACAAAAACAUCAUAUAUUUAGAUCAGGCUCAUGAAUUCCUCUUCAAUAGCAAAGGCCCAAGCACAUUUCUAGCAUGGUGGGGAACAUGAACUUUGUGCAUCAUUUAACAGAAUCAUCAGUGGUAUUCUCGUCUUUUUUUUUCUUUUCUUGUCUUUUCUUUCUAUUUUUUUUUUAAUAAAAGGGAAAUUUUUAUUUUGAAGGCAUAUUUUAAAAAAUUUAAAAUAAAUAUUUUAAAUUUUAUUUAAGCAGAAUAGUUACUUUACCAUACACUUCUUUACUAAAUGUUUAGUGUUAUUGGUCAAUAAGAUACGACAGAUACUAAUUAUUUAAGUUGCUAAUGUUUUACUUUUAAGGAUUCAUGUAAA